AGCCAAAGUCUUUUCCAGCCAUCUUGUGGCAUCUAGCAGCGAGAGGUUCGCACCAAGCCUCGUAGAAUCGGAGGAAAAUCCUGCUGAAGGGGCGCCAUCAUGCCCGGACAUCUGCAAGAAGGUUUCGGCUGUGUCGUAACCAAUCGGUUCGACCAGUUAUUUGACGAUGAAGAGGACCCGUUCGAGCUAUUAAAGCAGGCUGAAAGCAAGAAGAAGGACGCGGCCGCACCGGGGGCCAGCAAGUCUGGCGCCAAGACCGCUGCUCAGGCUGCCAAACAGCCCAAGAAAGAGUCACAGAAAGAGAGGAGAGCUCCUCUGCCUGACAAGGAAGAAACCACUGCACCAGUUCCUCUGAAGAAGGAGGGUGGUGUGAGGAGGAUGGGCCGCCGACCGGAGCAGCAGGCUCAGCAGGGCUCUCAGCAACAGCAGCAGCAGCAGCAGCAGCAGCAACAGCAGCCGCCGCCGCAGCAGCAGCAGCAGCAGCAGGGGGGUCAUGGCGAGGGUCGCCCCCAGGGAGAAAGGCGCACUGAAAGGAGACCUCCCCGCGAGCGCAGAUUAGAUAAACCUGCAGAGGAUAAACCAGCCGAGGGUGGAGAGUUCUCUGUGGAAAAGUCUGUUGGCGACAGGCCUUUCCGGGGCCGUGGAGGCGGCAGGGGCGGCCGUGGAGGUCGUGGCCGAGGCAUCGGCCGCACCGACGGCUUUGACUCGCGUGGCAAGCGUGAAUUUGACAGACACAGUGGCAGUGACCGAUCCAGCCUUAAAGCAGAGGAGAAGCGUGGAGGAAGUGGAUCUCACAACUGGGGAACCGUCAAGGACGAACUGAGUGAACUCGACCAGUCGAACGUGACCGAAGAGCACCAUGAGGGAGAGGAACACCCACCCGCUGACUCUGAGAACAAGGAGAACGAGGCGGAGGAGGUGAAGGAGGAGGGGCCUAAGGAGAUGACUCUUGACGAAUGGAAAGCCCAGCAGGACAAGGAGAGAAGCAAGGUGGAGUUCAACCUUCGUAAAGCCAAUGACGGAACCGACUGGAAGAAAGGAUUCUUACUACACAAGUCCAAGGCCAAGGAUGCUCCCCUGGAUGACGCGGCCGGUGACAGCCACGUCCGCAAGCCAGCCAAUGACAUCACGUCCCAGCUGGAGAUCAACUUCGGAGACCUGGGCCGCCCAGGCCGUGGCCGCGGUGGACCCCGCGGCGGAAGAGGAGGCCGUGGGGCUGGAGUUACCAGACCACCGCGCGAGCGCAGGCCUGAAAGGUCGGCUGGUGGUUCCGCUCCUGACGUGGACGACCCAGAAGCUUUCCCGGCUCUGGGUUAGGCUGCCGAGCCGAGCUACCACCGAGCCCCCUCCCUGGGCCCUCCGCUACGAGGCUUGCAUGCAUAAUGGAUCCUUCAGCAGAUAAAAUGAUGACUGUCAUCCAUCCGACCCUUUGAGGACUGAAUUUUACUUGUUUUAGAAAAAAGGAGAAAAUCUUACAAAAAAAUUGAAAGGACUUCUUGCUACUUGGAAGCAAAUUAUUGGUAGAGGUUUUGUAUUCUGAAGUAAGCUAGCAGGGACAUUUUUCAUACAGUAUUUCUUUCAGACGUUGUGCGUUCUCCAUGAAUUGGUUUUUUUUUUUUUUUUUUUUGUACUGCUGCUUAAAAAUAUGAAUUUCCAAAUGUUGGUGUAAAGGGUGCAUUAGUUAGAUUGUGCGCCCCAUGGCUUGUUUUUCCUCAUGCCUUAGACAUUUAAUAAUCACUCAUGAGUGAGGAUAGCUUUAGGAAUGUUAAUGCACUGCACAGUAAAAUUGAGGUUAAAGAGUUUAAAUCUUUAACAGCUUCAGAUAUUGAAUCUCGAUCGAAGCAGUUUGUAGCUUUAAUGUCUACAUCACCAUAUUUCUUAAUAAUUUUUGGGUUUUCAUUUAACCUAAAUGUGACUUUGAACGAGUUGAUUUUUUUGUUUGAAAUACGUGGUUGGACUUCAGUGGUUUCGGUUGCACUGAAAACUCAUCCUAUUAUCCGAGAUUUAGCGUUUACAUUAGAUUGUGAACCCGUCUACCAGUUUCAGUAUAAAUGCUUAUUUUAACAGUUCAGUUCUGUUUGCCCCAAUGCUUUCUAUAACAGCACUGCUGCAUAAAUGUUCUGAAUGAAAUACCAGUCGUUCGGUGUGGAACGACGAGUAUUCUGAAAAUGUGUGAAUUCUGACCCUGCUAUUUUUCAGACCUCUGUCCAUAAUUAAAAGAUGGUCUAUUCA